GAACCGGAAGCUCCAGGUAAUUGAGAGCGAGCGAGCGAACCUCGGGGAAAGUGCUGGGUAUGGGCAGGAAAGUGACUCGGGAGAGGGCUGCUUUCUACCGUCCCGGAGUCCCAGCGCUGCCGCUGCCCGCCCGGACACACCCCGGCUCUGCCUGCCCUUAGCGCCUGCACCAGCCCAAGCAGCCCUGGGAGAGCCAACGCCCCCCCCCAUGCAACAAUAAGCCCGUCUCCCCAGCCAGAGAAAGGAAGAGGGGACCGUCGAGGAGACGGCUGUGUAUUCCACGAGAGGCAGUGAGUGAGCUAAUCUGGAUCCCACAGACGAGAUGCAGGAGAACUAUGAGAACGUGAUCUCACUGGCGGAAGAGAUUGCGAUCAGCUGGCCCCGGAUAACUGCAUUUGCCGAGUCACACAGGAGGAGAGGAUUGGUCUCUGUUUCCUUUCCUAGACCCAGGGAGUUACUGGAUUCUCUCGUUGUUCCAGCAGAUGAUGGGAUGGUGAGUGAGAAUGAGGAGGAGGAUGCUCAGCAGGGAGGCCUUGAGAAGGUGGACACCCAGGGGACGAUGCCAGGCAAGUCCAAGGGGAGUGCUCCCCAGAGCGCUGAUGUGGGGAAGGCUGGCGAGGGCCCGCAGAAGGUGGAAGGGCAGCCAAGGAAACCUUCAGGCAAGAGGCAGGGAAAAUCCGCUCACCGUGGCUUCAAGAAAUUCCACCAGAGGAGCCUGCUGGGGCACAGCCGGUGCCAUGACUGCGGCAAGAGCCUGGGCUUCGGCUCGGGCUUCAACAAGCGCCCGCGGCUGCGUAGCGCUGAGAAGCCCUACAAGUGCAACGAGUGUGGCAAGUGCUUCCGGCUCAGCUCCACCCUCAUCACCCAUCAGCGCCGCCACGCCAGCGAGAAGCCCUACAAGUGCGCCGACUGCGGCAAGAGCUUCAGCGUGGGCUCGGCCUUCAUCCAGCACCAGCGGGUCCAUACUGGUGGCGUCAAGCCCUGCCAGUGCAAUGUCUGCGGCAAGAGCUUCAGUGCCAGCACCAGCCUGGUCAAGCACCAGAAGCUGCACCUGGAAGAGAAGCCUUACAAGUGCGACGAGUGCGGCAAGGGCUUCAACUGGAACUCGCACCUGGAGCGCCACCGGCGCAUCCAUACCGGCGAGAAGCCCUACACCUGCCCCGAGUGCGGGAAGAGCUUCAGUUGGAGCUCCCACCUGGACCGCCACCGUCGCACCCACCUGGGUGGGGAGAAGGCCUGCAAGUGCACUGAUUGCGGUCGCUGCGUCGGCUCCAAUGGCACCAAGCCCCAGCGUGGAACAGGAGGAGCUGCCGCCGCCGAGAAACCCUACCAGUGCCUUGAAUGUGGCAAGGGCUUCAACAAGAGCGCCACGUUGGCCAAACACCGGCGUUCCCAUGCGGGUGACAAGCCCUACAAGUGCGAGGAGUGCGGCAAGAGCUUCGGGCUGAGCGCCUCUCUGCUGCAGCACCAGCGGAGCCAUGCAGCCGGCAAGCCCUACCAGUGCGGUGACUGCGGCAAGAGCUUUGCCUGGAGCUCCCACCUGGACCGGCACCAGCGCAUUCACAUGGGCGAGAAGCCCUACCGCUGUGAGGACUGCGGCAAGAGCUUCUCACAGAGCUCCCACUUGGAGCGGCACCAGCGGGUGCACCUGGGCUCAGAACAGCCCUGCCAGUGCACCGACUGCGGGAAGAGCUUCCUGGCCAGCGCCAAGCGGCGCCGCGUGCUGAGCGGGGAGCGUCCCUGCAAGUGCACUGACUGCGGGAAGAGCUUCCUGUGGGGCUCCCGCGCCAGGCCUGCCCCCGUGGCGGAGAGGACCCACAAGUGCACGGAGUGCGGGAAGAGCUUCACCUACCGGGCAGAGAACGUCAAGCACCAAGGCACGCAGACGGGCGAGAAGCCCUACACCUGCCCCGAGUGCGGCAAGAGCUUUGGGCAGAACUCGGCCCUGGUGAAGCACCGGCGCAUGCACACCGGCGAGAAGCCCUACAAGUGCGCGGACUGCGGGAAGAGCUUCAGCGUCCGCUCCAACCUCAUCAAGCACCAGCGCACCCACCUGGGCGAGAAGCCCUACAAGUGCCCUGACUGCGGUAAGGGCUUCAUCCAGAAGUCGGACCUGACCAAGCACCGGCGCAUGCACACAGGGGAGAAGCCCUACAAGUGCAACGUCUGCGGGAAGUGCUUCAGUGUCAGCUCCAACCUCAUAAAGCACCAACGCAUCCACCUGGGCGAGAAGCCCUACCAGUGCUCCGAGUGCGGCAAGAGCUUCAUCCAGCGCUCAGAGCUCACCAUCCACCAGCGCGUGCACACCGGCGAGAAGCCCUACAAGUGCCCCGAAUGCGGAAAGUGCUUCAGCCGCAGCUCCCACCUCAACCGGCACCAGCGCACCCAUGGCAGCGACAAGCCCUCACUGCUCUCCGCCACCAAGAGCUCUGCCGCUGCCACUGCCAGCAACCCCCUGCAGGCCUCCUCUGCCUUCUCCUCUGCCUCCUUCUCAUCCCCACUGGGCACCUCCUCUGCCCCCCUCCCCACCCUGCCCUCUUUCCCUUCCUCCCCCUCGCCCAUCUCCAUCCCCGCCCUCUCCAACAACCCGCUGGAUCUGCCCUGGGCCCUGUCCUUCCCGUCCCGCGCCUUCUCCCACCCUUCCUUCCCCUCGCCUGCUCAGCCCGGGGCCCCAGCCCCGUCACUGAUAAACUAACCACCCCCUGCAGCCUCUCUGUUCCCCCUCGCUCCCCCUAAUUUUCGCCUGCCUCCCUCUUCACCUCUUCCCUAUCUCCCCCCUCUGCCCUGCCUUUUGCUACCCCUCUCACUCUCCCUGCUCCCAGGGCUGUGCAGUUGACUUCCUAAUCUCCUGCUCUUUCCUCCUUCCCCAUUCCUUCUUCUCCUUUGAAAUUCACACCAUCCACCUCUUCUCUCCCCUCUCCUUGCCCUUCACAUGCCUGACUCCUCCGUUCUCGGUGCCUCCAGCUUCCGUGCUGGUGACCCAUCCAACACGACUGCAUCUUGCUUCCUGUCCACAACAUCCUCAUCUGACUUGCAGCACUGGAUCAAUUUCCUUGACUCUCUUUUGACCUGGUCCUUGCCACAUCCUGUUCCCUUUCUGGCCUCUCUUGGGCUCAGAAUUCUUAUUCCCCAGUAAUCAAGUCACCUCUUUCCAUACAGCCCUCUUCCUGCAUACCGCCUACCCAGCUUGAUGUUCCUCCCGUGAUCUCCUGUCUAUGCCUUCCUUGAUGUUCUCAGCCCCUUUCUCAUCUCGCUACAAAUUCACACUAGGAAGUGUGAGAUUCAUUAUUUACAAUCCAUUAGCCAAGGAAUCCCUCGCACGUUCAUCCUUUCUUGUCUAUAUCGCCAUGCCCUGGCUUCUGCUUCUAUUCAAACUCCCUUGCUGCAGGGGGGCUCUGGAGAAUAUCCUAUGAUGAUGCAUAUUUCCCCCACUGAAGUUUAAUACUUAUUCUGUUCUACCAUUUUCCUUGCCUAACUCUGCCCAUCACCCAUCCCUCGAUCUAGGUACCAUCCGGUGCUGCUUCUCCCUGAUUAUAGCCUAGAGCUAGAUGAACAACCGACGAAGUGAUUUGUGAAUAUGUUUGUGUUAAAAUGGGCUAAAUUCUAUUUUGCUCCCUUUUGUGGGAUCAUAUUAUUCUAUGUUACUGUUAUUCACAAGUAGAGCUGUUCAGUGCUUUUUGGGGGGGGUUAAAGAAAAUAUUUUUUGACAAAAUAUGGCUUUUUUAAAAAGGAACAUUUUUGCAAAAUCAUUUGGGUUUUUGUUUUUUUCAAAUUUUUCAAUUUUGUUUUUUACAGAAAUGUUGCAAAUAUUUUAGCCUCUUGUUCUUUGAUGAGAGUUUUUUUCACUUUUUCAUGUCAUUUUCGGUUUCCAUUUUGUUUUAUUUCCAUUGCCAAUUUUGACUUAGUAAAAUGCUGGUAGUUAUUCAAAAUCAAAACAAAUCUUUCAUUGUCAAAAAAUUUUCAUUUCAGAUUCAAACAUUCAAUUUUCUAAAAUUGAUUUUCAAAAAUGAAGACUAAUCUAUAAAAAAAAAAUUCUGAAAAUUUAGAAAAAAUGAAAAUGAUCAAUGACGAUUUUUAAAAACAAAGGAACAAAAAUACUUUUGAAAUGUUCACAGUUAAAAAAAGAAAAGUUUCAGCCAAUUUUAUUAAUUGGAGUGCCUACAACUUAUUUGUGAAAAUGUUCACGAAUCCAGAACUUUUCCACAAAUUUUCAUAUUUAUAUGUGUUUGUUCGAAAUAUGCACUGGAAAGUGUGAUAUCCUUUUUUACAAAAGUUUCACUCAUCCAAUCAGGAAGCAGAAACAAUACCAAGUGACUUAGGUGACCAAUGGCACAAAAGACAAACAUAAAAGUAGUGUAUAGUCCAAUUAUGCCACUGGCAAACAAUCUAUAGAAUAUAGAUUGUUCAUGUAGGUUAUUCUGCUGAUAUUUACAAAUCAUUGGCCCUGAUGUUCAGCUAGUCUUUGUUGGGGUAAAUAAUGGAGCGGUAUCAGUUUAUGCCGGCUCAAGAACUGGCUCCAUAAAUCUAUUGGUAGGAAUCAGGAUUGGUUUGUGAACAACCCACUCACAGAAGAAAGCUAAAAUCAAAACAAAUAUUAUUCACAAUGAAAAAAUUCUGCCAGCUCCAUUGAAAGCCUCUUGACCUGCCUCAGCUUUCAGUCCUGAUCAAUAUUCCACCUGCCUUUUCCUCUCUCUCUCUCUCUCUCUCUCUCUCUCUCCAUCCAGAACUUUGCUAAGUACUUCAGACAAGGGAAAGAAAUCAGUGGCAUCUGGUAGGAGUCCUCCUAUCCCCCACCCAUGCUGCCCCAAUUCUCUUCUGAACCCAGUUCCAUUUGCUCAUCCUUUGACCUGUCCCCAUCUCCUUUCAGUUCUUGAUUUCUCUUUCUCUAGCUCUCUCCUGGACUGGUCUAUACUAAAAAGUUUGAUCGACCCAGCUACAUUGCUCAAGAGUGUGAAAAAUCCACACUCUGGAGUGACGUAGUUAAGCUGACCUAACCCCCAGGGUAGACAGCACUAGGUUGAUGGAAGAAUUCUUCAAUCGACCUAGCUACUGUCUCUCAGGGAGGUGAAUUGCCUACCCUGAUGGGAGAACCCCUUCUGUCAGCGCAGGUGGUGUCUAUCCUGAAGUGCUGUGGCUGCACAGCUGCAGCAUUUCAAGUGUAGAGAAUCCCUCUGUAUUCCUUCCAUCGGCCUUCUAGCAUUCACUCCAGCACAGCAGGAUCCCAGCUCCCUGACUUCCCUCCCGCACUGUCCUUAGCCUGUUUUCUCUGCCUCUGUUGGCAAUUCCACUGUCCGCCUGACUGCCCAGAGUCACCCCCUCAGAAUUAUCAUGGACUCCAAUCUCUCCAUUCCCUUCUACCCCAUCCUGACUCCCAACAGCUUUCCCAGCUCCCAACAGUUCUUCCUCUUACAGCACCUCCCUUUCUUUCCCGCUGCUCCCUGGCCCAGUCUCAACAUGACCACUGCACCCUACUGCCUUCUAGCCUCCUUGCUUUCCACUUCCCAUCCCUUCAGUCCACGCUGACCAUCUUCCUCGCUCUCUGCUCCAACUAUACCACCCGCCUCCCAGAUUCCAAUCCCUGCUUCUUUCUGCAGCAGUAUUGUGCCCCUCGCAAUUGAUCCCACAAUAUGUCCCAUUUCAGCAUUGAUUUCACUGGGACUCAAGCACAUACUCGAGUGCUUUGCUGAGCUAGGUCCCUCAUCCUCCCCUCCAAGGCUGCAUGAGGCUACUCCAGCCUGCAUCUCGGAUCUUAUCUCCUCCUAUACCCCACUCCCUCGCUCCAUCUUCCUGCCUACAUCCCCCUGCCUAAUCGUGCCCACUGUGGCCUUCAGCUGUUGGGCCAGAGCCUGAGUUAGUGCAAAUCUGCAUCAAUGGGGCAAACACCAGGUUAGGCUAGCUGAGAGGCCAUAUCCCAUUUUCUCCAGUGUGUCCCUUAUUGGAAGGUGUAAUAGGGAGGGAACGGAGGGGCGUAUCCGGGCAUGGGAUAAAAGUUAAACAAGAAAGUAGGAAAGGGUUAAAGUCCCCAUCCUGCAACAUAUAAGUACGUGCUUAGAUGAUACAGUCCCAUUGAAAUCAGCAGGGUGACUCUCAGUGCAUAAAGCUAAGCAUGAGCAUCAGUGUUUGCAGGCUGAGGGCCUAAAUGAAUAAACCCAAUAAUCGUAAUAAUUCAAGAAAAGUGCAAAGAGUUAAAAGACAUUUCUGGAAAACCAGUGGAAAAGGAUAGGGUUAAACACAGCUGAAAAAUGCUAAAGAGUUUAAAAGAAAAUCAGAAAAGAAGAAAACAAAAAAGGGUUAAAGGAAAAAAAUCCCUAAAAAAUAGAAAAUAAGAAAGGUUAAAGUUUUAAAAAAGAAAAUAGGGAAGAGUUGAAAAAUAUAUAUAUACAACUGUAAAUGGUUAAAAUUGAAAGAAAUUAGGAAAGGAUUAAAUAUUAAAGAAAGGAAUUGCAAGGGGUUAAACAAUUAAAAGUAAAUGAAAGGUUUAAAAUAGAAAAAAAACAGAAUUGGACAGUAUUAAAAAUGAAAUUUGAAAUGUUUGAGUAUAAGAAAAUUUAAAAAAUGAAGAAAAAAAAAGAGAACUGUAAAAGGUUAAAAAGUUAUAUAAAAAUAGGAAAGGCUUUUUUGGGUUUAGCAUAUGGGUACUGGUGGCCUGUGAUGUACAGGAGGUCAGACUAGUUUAUUCAGUCAUCCCUUCUAGCCUUAAACUUUGAUUCUGUACAAGAAGAGGAAAAUGAAAGAAAAUGUGUAUUAAAUAGAAACAAGGCAAUGGUUCAAGAUAAAAACAGAGAAAGGGAUAAAAAAUUUUAAAACUAAUAGAGAAUAUUUUAGGCAAUGGUUCGAAUCAUAUAAAAGCAACUGAAACAAAACAAUAGACAAUGUGGAAAGGAGGAAACAAUAAAUGAGAGGAAUCAGGCGCACAGCUGAUGAUCCGAAAGGCAUGGAGGCGUCGGUGUUCAGUGAAACCUAUGGCAACUGCAGAUGCUGAUAUAGCCUGAACUCUGCAAACGCUCAUACAUGUGGGGUGAAAUUCAUCCCUGAUAUGGAGAACCCCCCAGUGUGGGGUCACUGAGCUCAGCAACCCUGCAGGCAUGUAAGUUGUAACAUGAGGCCCCUGGAUGAGAUGUCAGCGGCUGGAAUCCUGGGCCUCUGGUUCUCAAAGCAUUAACUGAAAGCUGUGCUGCCAGAGCUAAAAGAAUUGGCUUUGAUAGCUGAACAGAAGACUGCAGCAGCUCCCACAUCUCUAUGUGAUCCACCACUAGAGCGGGACAGAAAACCACACUGAGUAAGCAGGUGUCCCUGAUCUCUUUGUGGGAAGGCACCCUGGAAUUAGUGCAAAGGGGCUGCCUGCCGCUCUAGCACAGAGGUUGGAGUAGCAGCUCCAAGGGACCUGAGCAACAGCCAGGGCUGGGUGUGGAUGGAGUUUGGAUAUCUGGAGAGAGACUGUAAACUUUACUCAUCUGGGUCACCCCGUUAAGCUGGCUGGGACAAUGUAGGAACAGAGUUGCUUGUGUGUGUGAGUGUUUGCAGGAUCAGGGUGUGACUGCUGACUGCCUUUCUCCCAUCUGGUGGAGCUAUUUACACCUGUGCAAAUGUGGGUGUUAAAUAUUGGGAAUUACCACACUGGAGUCCCGGGGGCGGGUUCCCCUCUCGCUCACCCUGGUGUAAAUCAGAUGUAACCCCACUGGAGUUACACUGAUGUAAAACUGAUGCAACAGAGCUGAGGAUCAAGCUUAGUGACUCCCACGGGACUACUCAUGUAAUUAGUGCUGGCAAAAUAAGCCCCUAGGUGACCCCAUACACAGGCAGCUGCUCUCAUGCAGAUUUUUACUGGCAUUCAUAGUCAGUGUGGGAGUAAUAAAGUUUUAGGGACAGAUCCUCAGCUGCUGGAACCUGGCAGAGCAGCAUUGACUUAAGUGGAGCUAUGCCAGUUAAACCAGCUGAGGAACUGGCUGAGGUAACUGUUUGCAGGUUCAUAGAAGUUCUGGGGGAAGAGACCUGGCCGCCUAGCUCAAUUUCAGGGCAUGUUGGGCCAGACCUGAAGUGAUCCUGAGCACCUGCAAUGAUACCACCGCGAUGGGUGCCAGAAAAAACCCUGCAGAUACACUGGUGCUUGGCAGCUCCACCCGGAUUUGGCCCAGCGUUCUGUCAUGAUGCUGAGAAUGGAUGCUACGCUGGGAACACCUCCCCAUGCUGGUGGAGCAGGGUCCUGCCCUCUCUUCUUCAGAUCCCUGCAAAGUGCAGCUGUGCUAUUCCGCUACCCGCAAAAACUUGACUUAUUUACUUGUUAAUAACAAACGCUGCCCUGCUCUGUGAUGCUCCAGUGACUAGUCAAGCAGGGAGGUACUGGGCCCAAGGCCUGCCAGAGGUCCAAGCACCUGUAAUUAUAUCACUGUUAUGGGCGCUAGAAAAAACCCUGCAGAUACACUGGUGCUGGGCAGCUCCCCCUGGAUUCGUCCCAGCAUUCCGUCAUGAUGCUGGGAAUGGAUUCUACACUGGGAAUACCUCCCCAUGCUGGUGGAGCAGGGUCCUGCCCUCUCUUCUUCAGAUCCCUGCAAAGUGCAGCUGUGCUAUUCCGCUACCCGCAAAAACUUGACUUAUUUACUUGUUAAUAACAAACGCUGCCCUGCUCUGUGAUGCUCCAGUGACUAGUCAAGCGGGGAGAUACUGGGCCCAAGGCCUGCCAGAGGUCCAAGCACCAGUUUGUUCGUGGACCUCUGGCAAGCUCUGGGCUCAGGGCCAAAUUUCCCCCUUUCUCUGCUUCAUGUGUCUGAGCUGCUGUCUUCCCUUUGUCUCUUAGGUUGUAAGCUCCUUAAAGCAGGGACCGUGUCUUUUUCUGUGUUCUGUGGGGCAAGAGCACAUGUGGAACAAACGGAGACUGUAAGUGCCCUGACUGUGGUGGUGAUGGAGGAGAAGUUAAUGAUCUAUCAGAGAUUCCAUACAGGAGAGAGAACCAUUAUAAAUGCCAAGCUGUGGCCAGAGCUCAGGGCUUGCGACACAUCAGAGGAUCCACUCUGGAGAGACACCUUUAUAAGUGACCUGACUGAAGGGGAAAGCUUGGGUGAGAACUCACUCCUCGUUAUGUACCAGAGAUUCUGCACUGGAGAGAGACCCUAUAGAUGCCCUGGUGAGGGCUGGCUGCAGUGCAUAUCAGAAGCAUAAGUACCCCAGCUGUCUGUCUCUGGAUUCAGGGGGCAUCAGCAGGUGACCCCAAGAUGAUUGGUGAUCCUCUGACUCCACCCAGCCUAGCAGACCCCAGGUGGGUGAGGAAGAGAGAACCAUCCUCCUGUAGCUUCCUGCCCCUGGCUGAAGAUCCCCUCCCCAUGCCCUGCGGUCCACACUACUCCCACUGCUGGGCCCAGCAGAAGAGGAACGGAGAACCCCAGCCCUCGCUAUGUCUCCCUCAUCUUCGAGCCUGGGAACAGAGAUAUCGGGCACAUCACACCUUCCCAAGAGAACCUGAGACCCAGUGGCCUUCUGUCUCUUAACAUGUGCAUUGCCUGGAUCUGUUUCUGGGGAGGCAGUGAGAAAGUAGACGUGUCUUCAUAACCCCUUUUCUUCCAAAUUCUUCCAGGACGUGUGGUGGGUCUUCUCCUGGUGUUCUCCAUUGAGCUAAAGGGUAGCCCCUGGUUCUUAUGAGAGAAAUGGAUGGGGACUGAGGUUGAAGGGAGCUCUGUGGGGGGGGGGGAGGUCAUAGAGUGUUUGAGGAUGAGGGGAUGAGAACCAGAGUGGGAGGGAGCUGUGGAAUGAGUAGAAAUGGGAUUGAAUGUUUAGUAAUGCGGGGAUGGGAACUAGAGAGGGAGGGAGCACUGGUUGUGGAGGAUCAAAUGUUGGGAGAAUAUAGAAUGAGGGGGAAGGGGCAGGAUUGGAGAAAUGCUGCCCCUGUAUCAUUUUCCCUCUCUGCCCCCAACCCUGCCUCCCUCCACUUCCCCAUCCACAGUUUCUUCCCUUCUGUCCCAUCUCCUGCUCAGACUUGACUUGGGGAGUUUCCCUGUAGCAGUGACUCAGACAAGAUAAAGGGAGAAACUCUUAAAUCAUCGGUUCAUGGGACCUGCUGGGCCCAACCUAUCCAGCAGGGGAAAUAAGGGGGGAUCAGAGGAGAGAAGAUGGGGGGAUGGAGGAAAUAGGUGUGAGUAACACUCGUGUGUGGGAUGAGAGAUUCUAUUCAUGGAAAAAUCCUUAUGGCAGCAUUUGAUUAACCUGUGGAACUUGUGGCUGCAGGAAAUUACGGGGGCGCACAGCUCCACAAAGACCUCUCCUAGCUCCAGAGUGCAGGCUGGGGCUCUGCAUUGUAAUAACUGUAUGACAGAGAGCUCAGUGCCUCCUCCCAGGUGGACCUGCCUUGGACCAGCUCCAAGUAAAAAGACAAUCUCCCUGAGGGACAGAGACACAAAUGUAUCUGGUCCUGAUCCUACCCCAGGCGGUGGCCCCACCUCUUCCAGGUGAAGGAAGCUGAGGAGAUGACCCCCUGGUCAGGCCUGAAUCCUUCCUGACCCACAUUGCUGAGGCCAGAGGGAGAAGACGACCUUGACAUUCAGCUGGGCAUCUUCCACCCCAUCUGCCACAGAGUGCUGGGUGGGGAUGACAGAGACUUAACCAGAGACUGACUCUCUGCUGCACUCACCCCCAGAGGGGAUAAAAGCCUCAGCUAGGAUCAGAGAUGCUGGAACCUGCCCCCGGCCUGUGAGAGUGGCUGGCAGCCGACAAGAGGUUAAUGCUAAAAUAUUAGAUGGUAAUUACUUAACUACAAUUUAACUGAGAUUUAUAUAUUUUCUAGUAUCUGCUCAUUUGCUUUUGUAACUGGCGCCCACUGUUUCUCUGAUUGCCUGUACUUUCUGAUCAGCUUGGAAAUGUUUUACUGCUUGUGAACAGCAAUGUGCCCAUUUGUUUUUUGAAAUGCAAUGUACUGGAUUGAAAUUUUUGUGCAUUGAGUUGUCAUGAUGGCUCCGUUUUUAUUUUAUUUUAUUCUCUUUCUUUCAAUGAGUAGUAAUAAAUUAGAACUUAGUUAUCCCAAAA